GAGGCCCAAAUACUUACAAGGUUUUCUCCUAAUGUUGUUUGUAUUCCAUAGCUCAUUCGCAAUCGUUUCUCUUUUUUUGUUCUUCUGUUUACUUGUUUCUUUGUUAACUACAAACUAGCCACAUACAUUUUUCAAAAAUGUCAUCCUCUAUUUCCCACGAAGAAUUUCAUCGUCUUCAAACACAACUUCUGGAUCUCCGAACAGCAAAUUAUACUUUGAUGGAGGAAUCGAAUCGAUACAAAAAUGAAGCAAAAAAUACUAUUUUGAAACUUGAUAGUUUGGAGAAAGAGUAUCAAAAAGCCCAAAGGGCAUUGGACAAGAGUAGGAAGGCAAAGGAUGUUGAAAUGUUAUUUGCAGAGAAUGAUGCUUUACAAAACAAACUAAUUUCUCAAGAAGAACAGUUCAGAGAACAAAACCAAGCACUUCUUCAAGAACUUGCUAAUCUGGUUGCAGCAAAUGAAAAACUUGAGGCUGCUGUCAAGUAUCAGCAAGGUGAUCAUGAAGUGUCUGAUGCAAACAGUCAGUGUGAUUUGUCGACAGAAUUUUACGAAAAACUUUUAUUCGAAGAAAAGCAGCGUUUUGACCUGCUCAAUGAGGAACUGUGUUUAAAGACCAGCCAAAUAACUGAAUUGACCACUACAUUAAACGAAACGAAAUCCAACCUUGACGCCGAAGUAAAUGGUUUAAAAAGAAAUAUUUCAAUUUUACAGAUGGAAGCUGAUAAAGUAGAACCUUUAACACAACAGCUGGAAAGUAAUGUAGAGGAGAAAAAUGCUAUAAAUGAUGAAUUCAAUCAAUUAAAAGAAAAAAUUGAAGAAAUGAAACAUUCCUUUCAACAAGAGAUAUCUCAAUUACAAGAAGGUCAUAAAAUGGAAAUAGAAAGACAAAGAGCCAUUCACUCCGAAGAAAUGAAGCAAUAUGAAAUUCAGAUUGAAUUGGCAGCCGCCCAACGAGCAGAGUUUGAAGACGAAGCCAUACGAGCUCGCCAGGAAGCUCAAGAUGCCCAAGAAGACGUUCGUAUUUCUGAAAGACGUAUUUUGUCCGUCACUGCCGAUUUAAGGCGCCAGUUGCGUGGCGAACGCCGAAGAGCUGACAAACUUCAAGAGCGUCUACGUGACGUUGCAAGCGAUAAUUCCAAUACGCUCCCGAAAGCCGACGCUUCCCUUGAUCAUGACAACUGUUCCGUCUCCUCUUGGAGUUUAAUGAGUGGGCAGAAUGACGCAUCGGCUACUCCUUCCUCUCCUUUUCCACCAACGGAUUCGCCUAGUAGUGGAUCGGAGAAGAAUGGUUCCCGGUCAGAAGGGGAACAACCUCCAGAUUUGACAAAUGAAAAUGCGCGACUAGUUAAUCGAUUGGCAACAAUGCAGCAAGAGAAAUGGAGACUUGAGGAACGAGUUUUACAUUUAGAAGAAACUAAUGCAGCAAUGGCUGAUGAAAUGGUCAAACGAGGCAAAUUGAUUCAGCAUUAUUGCAUGGAAGGUCGAUCUAGUCCAGCAAAACCUGAGAGUUCGUCCAUUUCGCUCAGUCCUGGUAGCGAAAAACUGAGCGUUCGUCGAAUGGUGAGUCUCAUCCGUCAGAUUGGAGGUGAUGCAGAAGGAGAUACGGAUAGCCAGCAACGUCGGCUCAGACGUAUGCUCGAAGAAACUUUGACUAAAAAUAUGCAUCUUCAGGAGGACAUUGAGCGACUUUCACAGGAAGUUGUUCGUCUCAGUCAGAUCGUCGGGGCCCAUCAUUUGCCGUCCUGUCACGUUGAAACUGCUGCUGUUAUGAAUUCAGCUUAGCUGUCACAUUAACCAUGACUUGCAAACGCUGCGGCGAAGGAACUCGCGAUUCGUUAUAUAAAUUCAAAAUGGAGAUAUGACAAAAAAGAAACAAGCGGCCCGUACCUUCCUCGUCUAGAAUAUCGAUUAUUACACAUUUCAACAUUUCGGAAGCGUAUAGUGAGGGCGUGUGUUGUGUGCAAUCCAGACAAGAAUUAUGUACAGCAAAUGUUGCAUGUUGAAACAUAAAGAAGCUACAAUAAACAAAACAUACAUACAA